UCCACCUUCAUUGCGAACUCACAUCCAUAGUUUCCUCCCAGGUUUUCUUCCAAUCAAUGACAAGCAUGCCUGACAAGAUGAUGAAGCAGUGGAUAGUCCAAGGGACCAAUGGUGCAGAAUCCCUGCACCUCCGAGAAGUUCCUAUGCCGGUGCCAGGGGACUAUGAAGUCCUGGUCAAGUUCCAUGCUGCGUCGUUGAAUUAUCGAGAUAUCAUGAUUACAACCGGAACCUACCUCUGGACCGCCCGUGACGGUAUAGUCCCAGGCUCCGACGCCGCCGGCACAAUCCACACCACCGGCCCCAAAGUAACCCGCUUCACGCGCGGCACCCGCGUCUCCCCCAUCUUCCACCUGACCCACCUAUACGGCCGCUUCCGUGAGCAAAACUUCACCUCCUCGUUAGGCGCCACCCACGACGGCAUCUUCCAAGAAUACGCCAUCUUCAACGAACAAUCCUGCGUCGAGAUCCCCUCGCACCUCUCCUUCCGCGAAGCAGCCACCCUCCCCUGCGCGGGCGUCACAGCCUGGAACGCACUCUACGGGGGACCUCGCGCGCUGAAACCCGGCGAUACGGUCCUCACGCAGGGUACCGGAGGGGUGAGUGUCUUCGCGGUGCAGUUUGCGAAGAUGGGUGGUGCGGAGGUGAUCUCGACAACGAGUUCGGAGGAAAAAGGGGAGAAGUUGAGGAGGUUAGGGGCCGAUAAAGUGAUACUGUAUACGGAGGAUGAGAAGUGGGGGGAGACGGCGAAGCGGGUGUCGCAUCGUGGAAGGGGGGCGGAUUUUAUUGUGGAGAUUGGGGGCGCGGGGACGAUGGGGCAGUCGGGGAAGGCGGUGGCGAUUGAUGGGCAGAUUGCGGUGGUGGGACGGCGGGCGGAGAGGGGGUUUAGUAGGGAUGGGGAUGGGGAUGGGGAAGGGGGGACGCAUAGUACGAGUGUGUCGACGAUUCGGAGGGUGUUGGUGGGGAGUCGACAGUUGCAGGAGGAGAUGAAUGUGGCGAUGGAGGUGAAUGGGUUGAGGCCGGUGGUGGAUGAGAGGGGGUUUGGGUUUGGGGAGUUGAGGGAGGCGUUUCGGUAUUUUGAGACGGGGAGGCAUUUUGGGAAGGUGGUGGUGGAUUUUGAGUAG